GGCACCUGGCUCUAAAGAUAGCUGGGGAGAGGGGAAAGGAGCUGUACUCAGCAAUCCGAAACACGCCGCCAGAAGCGCCAUGACACGACAGCACGCCCGGACUUUGUGGUAUGACCGCCCCAAGUAUGUGUUCAUGGAGUUUUGUGUAGAGGACAGCACUGACGUCCAAGUGCUCCUGGAGGACCACCGGGUUGUUUUCAGCUGCAGGAAUGCUGAGGGUGUGGAGAUGUACAAUGAGAUUGAGUUUUAUGCCAAGGUGAACUCCAAGGACUCUCAGGAUAAAAGAUCAAGCCGUUCGAUCACUUGCUUCGUGAGAAAAUGGAAGGAGAAAGUAGCUUGGCCUCGGCUCACCAAAGAAGAUAUAAAGCCAGUGUGGCUAUCUGUGGACUUUGAUAAUUGGAGAGACUGGGAAGGGGAUGAAGAGGUGGAGCUAGCUCAGGUGGAACAUUAUGCAGAGCUCUUAAAGAAAGCCAGUGCAAAGGGACCUCCCCCUGCCAUGGAUGACCUGGACUUCAGCACCACAGUGCUUUCUUGCCGCCCCGCGGAGCUGCAGACGGAAGGGACAGGCAAUAGCAAGAACAAGGAGAAGUUAAGCGGCUACCACGUGGUCUUGGAAGAUACCCUGCUCUUCCCUGAGGGCGGGGGCCAGCCCGAUGACCGAGGUUCUAUUGACAACAUCCCAGUACUUAGAGUGACCCGCCGGGGACCUGAAGCUGAGCAUUUCUUGCUUACUCCCCUGGCACCUGGGAGCCAGGUCCAAGUGCAGCUGGACUGGGAGCGGAGGUUUGAUCACAUGCAGCAGCAUUCAGGACAGCAUCUCAUCACAGCUGUGGCUGAUCACCUGUUUGGGUUGAAGACAACAUCAUGGGAGUUAGGACGCUUUCGGAGCACAAUAGAGCUGGAUAGCCCCAUGGUCUUACCAGAACAGAUAGUUGCUAUCGAGCAGAGUGUCAAUGAGAAGAUCCGAAAUCGGCUACCUGUGACUGUGAAGGAACUGAGCCCGGAUGAUCCUGAGGUGGAAAAGGUAAGAGGCCGGGGUUUGCCAGAUGACCAUGUAGGACCUAUCCGUGUCAUCACCAUUGAGGGUGUUGACUCCAAUAUGUGCUGUGGAACUCACGUGAAAAACCUCAGUGAUCUGCAGGUCAUUAAGAUUCUUGGUACCGAGAAGGGGAAAAAGAACAAGACCAACCUGGUAUUUCUAGCAGGAAACCGGGUACUAAAGUGGAUGGAGAGAAGUCAUGGAGCAGAAAAGGCCCUGACCACAUUACUCAAGUGCGGAGUGGAAGAACAUGCUGAGGCUGUUCAGAAACUGCAGAACUCAGCCAAGCUGCUCCAGAAGAACAAUCUGAAUCUGCUCAGAGACCUGGCCGUUCUCACCGCCCACAGCCUUAGGAACAACUCAGAUAGGGAAGGAGUGAUUGUAUUACACAGGAAAGAUGGCGACUCUGAGUUUAUGAACAUCAUUGCCAAUGAAAUUGGAAUAGAGGAUACCCUUCUUUUCUUAACUGUGGGGGAUGAGAAAGGUGCUGGUCUCUUCUUACUUGCAGGGCCAGUUGAGGCAGUGGAUAUGCUGGGACCCAGGGUAGCUGAAUUGCUGCAAGGUAAAGGAGCUGGGAAGAAAGGCCGCUUUCAGGGCAAGGCUACCAAACUUAGCCGGCGGGCAGAGGUGCAGGCCCUUCUCCACGACUAUCUCAACAGUCAGAGUGCUGAAGAAUAGCAACUCCUGCCCUUGUGUCCUUCCCGACCAUUUCCUUAGCACUAGACAGCAUGUGGCCAUGGAAAUAAUUUGCUUUCUUCUAGACAAUAAAAUGAUUUUAUUGGAAUGUGAA